AACCAGCCGCCGGGUUUCUCAGUGCGUUUGGCGAACAGUUCGCGGACGGACGUGUCUCAUCUCUUUCGUCUAGCUUCUUGGAGAACGCUCUUCCAUCUCUUUUCUCAUUCAUUGAGGCCUUCUUGAAAGAAAAAAGCCAUGAAGAGAGAAUAAAGUAGGAGAAGAAGCAAGAUUAAUAACUUUAUUAUAUCGUUUCGAACGUAUUCGCGUUUCCUUUGCUAUAAAGUGAAGCUCGGUGAAAAUGAUUGGAAAAAUAGACAACGAGUUCUAUUCGUGCAUUUAUUGAGACGCCGACGGUUAUGUGAACUGAGAACUUGUUUCAAGGUUUUUUUUUUCAUUGAUAGGGGAAAGUAGAAAAAAAAAAAAAGAAAAAAGAAAAAGAAACGAGGGAGAUAAAGGACAAAGGGUCAAUUUGAUUUUCUUUGAAGCUAACGAUAACUUUCGGUGUUAUCUUGGAAAAAAAAAAAUAUAUAUAUAUAUAUAUAUAUAAGAAGAGAAAAGAUUUCGAAGGUCAAAGAUCAUCAGGACUAUUUCAUGCAUGUUGCUCUGACCCUGAUACGAGAAGCCACGCCGGAAUACCAAGGUCGUUUGCGAUCGAUCAGCGUGGCGUCGACUGCCACGUGACUGACUGAUUGAUCGUCUCCCAUCGUUUCAAUAAUAAUCUUGUGUCGAAGAUCGUUUCGUGCGAUUUCUUAAAAAUUCGGUAAGGUCGAAAUAAUUGUUGUGACCUUCCCUUCUACGAAAUUUGAGAUUAGUCUUACGAUGAAGGAUCAUUAAAAAUAUACACCUAACAAACUAAUCUCGAUUAUCGUGAAAGUUUAUCUUACUUAAAAGGAAAUAAAACUGUAUUUAAUUGGUUUAUAUUUAUUCCUUACGUCGAUUGUUUUGUUAUGAUUAAACAAUCUCGACACGACAGAUUCUCGAAGAUCUUGAAUUUUCUUCUCUCUUCGCAAUCGUGCGAGUAUAAGUAAAGAUUAACGUCAGCUUGACAUCAUUUUGGUCAGACUAAGGCGCGAUACUUCUCAAUAUCUCUUAUCGCGAACGUUUGAGAGAGUACGAAAAAGAAGAGACAGAGUGAACGAGCCAGAGAGAGAGAGAGAGAGAGAGGGAGGGAGAGAGAGAGAAAUAAGAGAGUUGAACUGACAGAGAAGAAGAAGGGCUUGUGACGUGCAGUGCGAUCGGUGCGAAGGAGAUUUGAGGGACUUGGAGGAUCCAGUUACGACGUGACAUGACGAGAGACUUAUAAACGGCGAAAGCUGUAAAAAGAAGAAGGAUAAAGAAACAGAGAGAGAGAGAGAGAGGGAGAAAGACAAAAAGGAGAAAGAGAUAGAAGAGUAGAAGGACCGAAAGAGUUUGGUGAAUCUUUGGGAAUCGAAAUCGCUACGUCAACGUGAUUGGUGUCACAGUUUAUCCUUCGUGAAAGCGAUACUCCGGCAAGGAGUAAUCAUCGAAGUACAUGAGAAAAGGACAUGAACUACUCGCAAGGGAAGGGACGGCUUUACCCGGCCUACAGUCUGAGUGGCAGCGAGGGUGAGGAUAAUUCCCCUAGUCUGCGUGGUCGCGGCUCGGCCUAUCCUCAAAAUAAUCAUCAGACCACCCAGUCACAUCUCAAUCACUAUAACGCUAGUCAGCACAAGCAACGUGCUUACCAGCAGCAGCAACAACAGCAACAACAGCAGCAACAACAGCAGCAGCAACAGCAACAACAGCAACAGCAUCCCCUCUAUCACAUGCCCGGCAGUGGUGCCGGACUCAGCGACACACCGACAUCGGGCAACGCUUCCGACGAAACUCUCACCGACAGCGAUCUGAUCACCGUUGCCCGUGACUCCGCCCUCCUCGUUCAUAACGGGUGUUUAUUGGACAAUUCGGCACCACGGGGCCCGCCCGAUGUGCCACCCCGUAAUCCUACAAUGAGCCGUCUUAACGGAAGACUGCCAGGAAGUCACGCAGCAAGCGAUCACGAACGCGAUCCCGAUCUCGAGCCAUCCUGUCUCGUACGCACCCCAUCCGGUAACUUCUACAAUAUACCAAAGAUACCGAAGAAUGAAUACAACAAUAAGAAUCAAUCGACAGGGAAUAGUCCAAUAAAAGUCGAGCUGCAAAACAACAUGGACAGAGUACCUUUACCUUACGGUCAUGCCCCAUCGAUGAUCCCGAUGAGGAGACAAAGCAUUCGCUGCCAUUUCCGCAAAGGAAUCGAUUGGUGCAGCUGGAAACUAAUUGCGAUAGUUGUAAUUAUGCUCUCCCUUUGCUUAACGGCAGCAUUGACCUAUGUCGCAGCUUCGAACAUAGUAACCUGGUCUUAUCAAGGUACGAAAGCGUGCACAGUAUUAAUCGGUGACAACACAGAUGUAAAAUCACCGACGAGCGAGUCGAACAAAACGUCCACGUCGACGGCAACGACGUCAUCACAAUCGGGCAGUGGUAGAACGCGACAGCUAACACCGGCAGGAGAGAUCGAAGUCAAACCUACCGAUGAACUUGAAAUAAAAAAUGAAAGGAAAAUAAACCAAAUCAGUUUCGAGGAUUUGUUAAAGGGCAAUACCACGUUAACCUUAGAAGAUUAUUAUACCGAGGAGGACAACGAACCAACGACCGAGUCCUCCUCGACUUCCGAACCGGAAACAACUACCAACGAUGUUAUGUCGUGUUCUGCAACCACUUCACUACCCCCAGAGCCUAUUAUAUUGAUUCUUGAAGGCGCACGAACCUUCCCCGCUAGAUCAUUCCCACCCGAUGGUACGACCUUCGCUCAGGUUGGCCUUGGACAAAAGCUCAGCAAAGAGAUUCAACCUUACAGCUACUGGAAUAUGCAAUUCUAUCAGUCAGAAGCCGCCUACGUUCGUUUUGACUACAACAUACCACGUGGUGCGAGCAUCGGUGUAUACGCAAGAAGAAACGCUUUACCAACACACACGCAAUACGACCUCCUGGAAGUGCUCAGCGGAUUCAAAGCUCGGACCACCAGGGCGUCCCAUGUUAGUGUUAUUCCGUCUAUAAAGAAAGAAGUAACUCAUUAUAUGGAACCCGGUCAUUGGUUUCUUUCACUUUAUAACGACGAUGGCGAUCCUCAAGAAGUUUCCUUUAUUGCGGUUAUUGCCGAGGACAUGACCCAUAAUUGUCCGAAUGGUUGCAGCGGAAAGGGAGAAUGUCUUCUUGGUCAUUGUCAAUGUAAUCCUGGUUUCGGUGGUGAAGAUUGCAGCGAAAGUGUAUGCCCUGUUCUUUGUAGUCAACGAGGUGAAUAUAUUAAUGGCGAGUGUCAGUGUAAUCCAGGUUGGAAGGGCAAAGAAUGUUCCCUUAGGCAUGAUGAGUGCGAGGUACCAGAUUGCAAUGGUCACGGGCAUUGCACUAACGGAAAAUGCAAUUGCGUUCGCGGUUACAAAGGGAAGUUCUGCGAGGAGGUGGAUUGUCCACAUCCGACGUGCUCGGGUCACGGUUUUUGCGCUGAGGGAACAUGUAUUUGUAAGAAGGGAUGGAAGGGCGCGGAUUGUAGUCAAAUGGAUAAGGAAGCAUUGCAGUGUCUACCAGAUUGCAGCGGUCAUGGAAACUUCGAUCUCGAAACUCAAACUUGUUUGUGCGAGCCCAUGUGGUCCGGUGACGAUUGUUCAAAAGAACUAUGCGAUUUGGAUUGCGGUCCUCAUGGUCAUUGCGUGGACAACGCCUGUGAUUGUUUACCCGGUUGGUCCGGAGAACUUUGCAAUCUGAAACAAUGCGAUCCACGAUGCAACGAGCACGGACAAUGUAAGAACGGCACGUGCUUAUGCGUCACCGGUUGGAACGGCAUACAUUGUACGAUGGAAGCGUGUCCAAAUGCCUGUUCAAGUCAUGGACAGUGCAGAGUCAGCUUUUAUGGUCAAUGGGAGUGCCGUUGUUACGAUGGCUGGGAUGGAAAGGAUUGCAGUGUUCCUCUUGAACAAAAUUGUAACGACGGACGAGACAAUGACAAAGAUGGUCUCAUCGAUUGCGCCGAUCCCGAGUGCUGCUCGAACCAUUUAUGCCGAAGCAGUCAGCUUUGCGUGUCGGCACCGCAACCGAUCGAUAUACUUCUACGAAAGCAACCACCAGCGGUAACUGCAUCCUUCUUCGAAAGGAUGAAAUUUCUAAUAGACGAGGGCAGUCUGCAGAACUACGCUCGUCAGGAGACUUUCAACGAGAGUAUGUUCUGGAAUCACUUCAACACAAGUCGGUCCGCCGUAAUACGUGGUCGAGUUGUCACGCACCUUGGUACCGGACUAAUGGGAGUACGUGUUAGCACGAGUACACCUUUGGAAGGCUUUACCCUGACAAGAGACGACGGUUGGUUCGAUCUACUGGUGAACGGAGGUGGUGCAGUGACCUUGCAGUUUGGGAGGUCACCUUUCAGGCCGCAGAGUCACAUCGUCUUCGUCCCAUGGAAUGAGGUCGUGAUAAUCGACAAAAUAGUAAUGAGUACGGCUGAGGAGAAACCACCGGUUCACGUGCCACACGCUUGCGCGGCUCAUGACUACGACUUGAUGAAACCUCUUGUCCUGGCAACGUGGAAACAGGGCUUUCAGGGUGCUUGUCCUGAUAAAAGCGCCAUCUUGGCAGAAUAUCAGGCUAUACAGGAGAGUUUGCAAAUACCCGGGACUGGUUUAAAUCUUGUAUAUCACAGUUCAAGAGUUGGAGGUUAUUUAUCAACGAUACAAGUCCAAUUGACCCCUGAAACGAUACCACCCACUCUCAGUUUAGUCCAUCUAAGGAUCUCGAUCGAAGGAAUCCUUUAUGAGAGGACAUUCGAGGCCGAUCCGGUGAUCAAGUUCACGUAUGCUUGGAAUCGAUUAAACGUUUAUCGUCAACGCGUUUAUGGGGUUACAACCGCGAUGGUUAAGGUUGGCUAUGAGUAUAACGAUUGCAAAGACAUCAUUUGGGAUGUUCAAACCACUAAACUCAGCGGCUACGACAUGGCAAUCUCAGAUGUUGGCGGUUGGAAUCUUGAUAUUCAUCAUAGAUAUAACUUCCACGAGGGUAUUUUACAAAAGGGAGAUGGUUCUAACAUAUAUUUGAAACAUAAACCUAGAGUGAUUCUUACUACGAUGGGUGAUGGUCAUCAAAGACCUUUGGAUUGUUACGAUUGUGAUGGACAAGCUUCGAAACAACGUUUACUCGCACCAGUUGCUCUUGCCACUGCACCAGACGGAUCCAUUUUCGUCGGUGACUUUAAUUUGGUUAGAAAGAUUUUAGUAGAUGGAACUGUCAGGACGAUCGUUCGACUAAAUGCUACUAGAGUCUCCUAUCGAUAUCAUAUCGCUAUAAGCCCACUCGAUGGUUCCCUUUACAUUUCGGAUCCAGAAUCUCAUCAAAUUCUUCGUGUACGCAAUACAAGUGAUUAUACUGAUCCUGAUCAUAAUUGGGAAACCGUCGUUGGAUCAGGAGAACGUUGUCUUCCAGGUGACGAGGCACAUUGCGGAGAUGGUGCAUUGGCAAGAGACGCAAAAUUGGCUUAUCCGAAAGGAGUUGCUGUUUCUAUAGACAACGUUCUUUAUUUUGCUGAUGGUACAAAUAUCAGAAUGGUGGAUAGAGAUGGAAUCAUAACAACAGUAAUCGGUAAUCAUAUGCAUAAAGCCCAAUGGAAACCAAUUCCUUGUGAAGGCACCUUAAACGUCGAGGAAGUACAUCUUCGUUGGCCAACGGAAUUGGCUAUCAAUCCGCUCGAUAACUCUUUACAUAUGGUCGAUGAUCACAUGGUACUUCAAUUGGCUCCAGAUGGUCGUGUAAAAGUUGUAGCAGGUCGUCCUUUGCAUUGUGCUUCACCAUUGUCAUCGUUCGACACCGAACUUGCCACUCAUGCCACUUUGGUGAUGCCUCAAAGCAUUGCCUUUGGCCCAUCAGGAAAUCUAUAUAUCGCUGAAAGUGAUUCUCAGCGAAUAAAUCGCAUAAGAGUUAUCGGCACGGAUGGUAAAAUAUCGCCGUAUGCCGGUGCUGAAUCCAAAUGCAAUUGCCUCGAACGUGGUUGCGAUUGUUUCGAAGCUGAUCAUUAUUUAGCCUCCACCGCAAAAUUCAAUACCAUAUCGUCCGUUGCGGUUUCACCUGACGGUGUCGUACAUAUCGGAGAUCAGGCCAAUUAUAGAAUACGUUCUGUUAUGGCAAGUAUACCCGAUGCUAGUGACGCUAGAGAAUAUGAGAUUUAUUCGCCAGAUACGCAAGAGAUUUACGUCUUCAAUAGAUUCGGUCAGCAUAUAGCUACUAAAAAUAUUCUAACAGGUGAAACGGUGUAUCUGUUCACGUAUAAUGUCAAUAGUAGUAAUGGCAAGCUCAGCACUGUCACGGAUGCGGCUGGCAAUAAAGUCUUCCUCUUACGUGACUAUAGUAAUCAAGUAACUUCCAUUGAGAAUACCAAAGGACAAAAGUGUAGAUUAAGAAUGACUAGAAUGUGGAUGUUGCAUGAAUUCAGUACACCAGAUAAUUACAACGUAACGUUCAAUUAUCAUGGGCCCACUGGACUAUUAGCCAACAAAUUGGAUAGCACAGGACGUGGUUAUGUCUAUGAUUACGACGAAUUUGGUAGAUUGACAAGCGUUGUUACUCCUACCGGUAAAAUGAUCAGUCUGACGUUUGACCUUAGCUUGAAAGGAGCCAUUGUUAAAAUCGGACAAAAUAACAGAAAGCCCGUCUCCAUGCUGAUCAAAGGUUCCUCCGUCGUUACGAAAGUUGGUGAAGCCGAACAAAGAACGACCGUUCUUCCUGAUGGUUCUGUCGGUAUGGUUACACCUUGGGCUCAUACAGUUAGCACAGAUACUAUGCCAUAUUCGAUUCUCGCCGAAAUAGAACCGCUUCUUGGUGAAAGUUAUCCUGUACUUGCGAAACAAAGAACGGAGAUCGCAGGCGAUUUGGCCAAUAGAUUCGAAUGGCGUUAUUUCCUUAGAAAGGUUCAAGGAAACAAAAAUCGUGGCAAUUCAAAAGCCGUAGCACAAGUUGGUCGUAAACUUCGUGUAAACGGUGAGAUCUUGCUAUCUUUAGAAUACGACAGAGAAACUAAUACCGUCGCCGUUUUCAUGGAUGAUCGAGUAGAACUAUUAAAUAUAACGUACGAUAGAACUGCACGACCAUUGAAAUGGGGCCCAAGAAAUGGAAUUUUUGCUGGCGUUGAACUCGAAUACGAUCGAUUUAGUAGAUUGACUAGUUGGACCUGGGGAGACAUAAGUGAAACUUAUGGUUUCGACAGAGCUGGCCGAUUAUACGAAAUUAAAUAUAGCGAUGGAACGUCAAUGAUCUAUGCUUUUAAAGAUAUGUUCAGCAGUUUACCACUGAAGGUUACCACUCCACGUGGAAGUGAUUAUUUGUUACAAUAUGACGAAGCUGGUGCUCUUCAAUCUCUUACAACACCUCGAGGACAUAUUCAUGCGUUCUCCCUUCAAACAUCUCUCGGAUUCUAUAAGUAUCAAUAUUAUUCGCCCAUGAAUCGACAUCCAUAUGAAAUUCUUUACAACGACGAUGGACAGAUACUUGCUAAGGUUUAUCCACAUCAGAGCGGUAAAGUGGCAUACGUUUAUGAUCACACUGGAAAAUUGGAAACCACUUUGGCAGGCUUGUCUUCUAUACAUUAUACGUAUCAAGAAACAACAAGUCUUGUUCGUAGCAUCGACAUCAACGAGCCAAAUUUCGAAAUGCGUAUUGAGUACAAAUAUCACGCAGGAAUUGUCAAAGACGAGAAAAUCAAAUUCGGAAGUAAAAGUGGCAUGGACAAUGCGCAUUAUCGUUAUCAAUACGACGGAAAUGCACGUAUAUCUGGUAUCGAGGUGGACAUCAAUGGAAAACAACUUCCACAGUUACGAUUAAAAUACAAUCAGAAUCUUGGUGUAUUGGAAGGUGUCGGUGACCUUAGAAUCUAUAGGAACGUAUUCAAUAGAUCGGUCAUGCAAGAUAGUAGCAAGCAGUUUUUCACUGUCACAGAUUAUGACGAACAUGGUCGUGUUAAGACUGUUCUAAUGAACAUUCGUUCUCUUGAUGUAUUUAGAAUGGAACUCGAAUAUGAUAAUAGAAAUCGUAUCAAGAUGAGAAAAUUGAUGAUCGGUAAGGAUUCCAUGGAAAAGAAAGAAUGGUCUAGAAUGGAUAAGAUUACGUAUAACGCAGAUAGUCACGUACUUGAGGUAGCAGAUACGGAUAUAAAUUGGCAAUACGCAUACGAUGAGAAUGGUAAUAUAGUUGGUGUUACCGAACAUAACGAAAAGAUCGUAUUAGGUUAUGAUAGCGGAGAUCGGGUAGUUCAAUAUGGCGACGUAGAAUUCAAUUCUUACGAUGGCCGAGGAUUUGUCGUUAUUAGAGGAGAACACAAAUACAGGUACAAUUCUAGAGGACAACUUAUUCAUGCAUCGGAACACAAGAAAUUCCAAAUCUGGUACUUUUACGAUGAUCGUGGCAGAUUGGUAUCUUGGAACGACGAUCGAGAAAAUAUCACUCAAUUCUUUUAUGCCAAUCCAAAGACACCGGAUUUGAUAACUCACGUACACUUUCCAAAAUCUUCUAAGACGUUCCGAUUCCUCUACGAUCAACGUGAUUUCUUAAUGACGGUCGAAACCUCCGAACAAAGAUUUUAUGUUGCAACCGAUCAAAAUGGUUCACCCUUGGCUCUUUUCGAUACCAAUGGAAAUCUUAUUAAAGAAAUGCGUCGUACGCCAUUCGGGAAAAUCAUCAAAGACACCAAUCCUGAUUUUUACUUGCCCAUCGAUUUUCACGGCGGUCUAUUCGAUCCAAACACAAAAUUGAUAUAUCUUAACAAGAGACUGUACGAUCCAACCGUAGGACAAUGGAUGACACCUGCCUGGGAACAAAUGGCGAACGAGCUAACAACGCCAACCGACAUAUUCAUUUAUCGUUUCCGUAACAACGAUCCAAUCAAUUUCAAACAGAACGUCGAAUACAUGACUGACCUGGCAAGCUGGCUUAAACUUUAUGGCUACGAUAUCUCUUCAAUGCUCGGCUCUGAAUAUACAAAACAAAUGGUUUAUCAACCAAGUGCUACGAUCACCUCUCCGCAAUUAACUCCUGAUUUUGGUGUUAUGUCAGGAUUACAAUGUAUCGUCAAUCGUGUUCAUGAAAAAUUCUCCGAUUUAGGAUUUGUACCAAAGCCUUUAUUAAAAUUGGAACCUAAAACGAGAAAUCUUCUUCCAAGAGUAGCACAUCGUCGUGCGGUAUUUGGUGAAGGAAUACUUGUAUCUAGAGUCGGUGGUAGAGCAUUGGUUAGCGUUGUGGACGGUGUUAACACUGUUGUUCAAGACGUAGUGACGUCGGUCUUCAACAAUUCUUAUUUCUUGCCUCUUCACUUCAGUGUACACGAUCAGGAUGUCUUUUAUUUUGUCAAGGACAACGCCUUAAAAAUCCGAGACGAUAUGGAAGAACUCCAAAGGCUUGGCGGUAUGUUUAAUGUUUCCACUCACGAAACAACCGAACACGGAGCAGGAACGUGGAAGGAAUUGAGACUUCAUAAUCCAGACGCAGCGGUUGUUAUAAAAUAUGGUGCAGAUCCGGAACAAGAAAGGCACAGGAUAUUGAAACACGCUCAUAAACGAGCAGUCGAGAGAGCAUGGGAAAUAGAAAAACAAUUGGUAAUGGCUGGUUUUCAAGGUAGAGGGGACUGGUCGAAAGAAGAAAAAGAUGAGCUUUUAAAUCGUGGUACCGUUGAUGGUUACGAAGGUGUCGACAUUCACAGUGUCCACAGGUAUCCCCAAUUAGCCGACGAUCCUGGUAACGUAGCAUUUACCAGGGAUACCAAAAGGAAAAGACGAAAGAGCGGCAAUAGACGUAGCAGAAGCCAUAGGCACGACUCGUGAUUCGAAAGGACAAUGCGAGCUCGGGAGAUCCUUUGGGACUUGAUUCGCGUGCCCGCGUGAAUCUCGUGGUGAAAAUAAGUGAUGGCAAGGAGAAAGGAAACAAAUGAUAAUAAUCUUUCUCGCUAUCUCUUCUCGACGCACUCAAGGGGAGUAGUAUUAUGAACGUUGAUAUGGUGAAUUGGGAUUGGGAAAUUUGAGAGAUCGAGAGAGAGAGAGAGACAGAGAAAGGGGAAUAGAGAAAGGAAUAGGAAAAGUGGAGGUGGGAUAGGGAAAUUUGAAAAUGUAUAAUCUCUCUCUCUUGAUCGUUCGCUCCGCGUCCAAUGACGUGUCAACUAAAAUCGUGCAUAAAUCCUAAAUCCUGGUAAAAGGAAACGCGUUAAAUUUGUAUUCUUUAUAACGAUUAUUCUCUUCUCGUUGCUGUUGACAUAUUCGUUUCGGGAAAAAUAAUAAUAAUAAUAAUAAUAAUAAUAAUAAUAAUAAUAAUAAUAAUAAUAAUAAUAAUGACGAAACGAAUAAAGAAAUUUAAAGAGACUUCGGAUAUUGUUCUAUACAGUAUGAUCUCAAAAGGAGAAAAGGUUUUUAAAUCGAAUGAAGUGUUACGCAUAUACUUUAAAGGUGCCGUCCGUGACGAUUGAAUAUCUAGAAAAACGAGUGCGUGAUAAAGAGAGGGCGAGGAUACGGGAAAAGUAGAAUAAAAGAAAUAAGAAGAAGAAGAAGAAGAAAAAAGAAGAAAAAGAAGGUGGUAGUCUCGCGUAUUCGUUGGAACGUCGAACAUUGAAAAUGGGAUUUCGAAUAACGUGUGUGUCCUAUGUGAUCAUCAUCACAGGGUCUCUACAAUGUGACAUAUGAGUAAUAAAAUGACGUUUCGACGUUUGAUUAUCGAGACACGUACGUGUUCGUCCGAAGAUAAAACCGAGAGGAGUAUAUGAAUGAAGAUGAAAAAAAAAAGAAAAAGAAUAAAAGAAAAGAAAAGAAAAGAAGAAGAAGAAAGAAAGAAAUACACUAGCGUACUUUCCCACACGUCAGAUAUUUUUAACAUGACGUAAUUAUGUGUAUUAGAGAGAGAGAGAGAGAGAGAGAGAGAGAGAGAGAGAGAGACGCGAGCAAUUGUACAUAAAGCUAAUCGAUUAAUGGUAAAUGUAGAUAAUAUACAUAUGAACAUAUAUAUAUAUAUAUAUAUAUAUAUAUAUAUACAUAUAUAUAUAUGAACGCGAAACUCUCGGUUAAAACCGGGGUGGAUAGAACUGUCGAUAAAGAAAAAAAAAAGGAAAAAAAAAAGAAAAAGGAAAAAAAAAAUGGGAAAAAAAAAACCAAUGCUUUUUUAUAUGUAUUCGCGCCAAGUACGCGACUAGGUAAAAAGGGAAAAAUAAAAGUGAUGCGUGACAGAAAACGUUGCGAUGGAUAUAGUGACGGAACGGAACGAUAAUAGAGAUAGAGAGAGAGAGAGAGAGAGAGAGUUGGUAAUUUCGAAAAGUAUGAUUUAAAUCAGACUAAUCCGUAAGCCGUCACGCGUGCUGUCGUGCCGUUUAAAUGUUACGCGAAGUGUGCUAAAGAGGUGUUCUCACUCGAUACGUCGAUAGACACGUGUAAAUAGUUCGAUCGAUAACGGGACGCGUCGCGUGUCGCGAGUAAAAGGGAAGAAAGAUCAUUUUUAACGAUUACAUUCUUCCCUUCUCUUCGGCAUAGUAGUAGACGGGGAGGGAGGGUGGGAGGGGCCGGCAGCGGGGGUAGCGGCGGCGUGGGUUAGGGGGGGGGGUUAUGGGAAAAAAUAAACACGGUCGAAAUGAUAUUGUCCACGAGAGAAAUAAUCGCUAAUAAAUAAUGAUAUGAUAACGUUAAGAAUAAUAAAACGAUUAAUAAUAAGAAUAACGAGGAUAAGAAGUAAUAAGAAGUAAUAAGGAAUAGUAAUAAUUAACGAAGUUUAUGAUAAAAGGUAAUAUUACUAUUGUACGAAAAUGCCCCGCCUAUCUUUCUACUAAAAAUGAGAAAUUAUUUUUUAAAUUGUGUCGUCGAAGAGGUCCUUUGUAGCCACCGUGUGUCUGUGGGAUCGUCCUCCCUUUUUCCCCUCCAUGAUAAUAUAAUAUACCAUUCUACCCUCGUUCAACCCUCGCGAAACUUCAUUGAAAAAAAAAAAAAGAGAAAAAAAUAAAAACAAAAAAAAAGAAAAAAAAAAAACAAAAAAAGAAGACACAUCCACUGCCCUGUCCUGGUCCCCGUAUAAAAAAAAAAGAAAAGAAAAAAAAAUGAAGUAAAAUAAAAUAAAAUAAAGUAAAAUAAAAUAAAAAAACACAUACUUUGUAAAAGAUAUAGUUGAACAUUGUCGGUGUUUAUCAGUAUCGAGUAAUGAAGUAAAAAUGAAAAGAAAAAAAAAAAAAAAAUGUAGAUCGAACUCCGUGGUUUGGAUCAAAUGAAGUAACUGAGCAUAGAAAGUAAAGAGAACAAAAAAAAUAUAACUGCAUACGUAUAAUUAUAAUAGAGAAAGGGAGGAAGGGGGAGAGAGAGAGAGAGAGAGAGAGAGAGAGAGAGAAAAGAGCAACGAGCCAACGUGUGCGAGUGUGCCACGGUCGCUCAACCACGUUGUGUUCCACGUAGGUGUAUAAUAAAUUAUAAAAAGAAUAAAAGAAGAUAAAAAAAAAAAAAA